UCAGCGCCGCCUGCGGGAUCCCGACGCGGGAAGGGGGCGCGCCCAGGCGGCGCGGCGGGCCUCGGACGCCCCGGCCCCGCACGGAGCAGCCGCGGCAGCAGGGGAAGGGUCCACAUCCCACCUCAUCAUGUCCCGAAGAAGCCAGCGCCUUACACGCUAUUCCCAGGGUGACGAUGAUGGCAGCAGCAGCAGUGGAGGGAGCUCGGUCACCGGGAGCCAGAGCACCCUGUUUAAAGACAGUCCUCUCAGGACCUUGAAGAGGAAAUCCAGCAACAUGAAGCGGCUGUCCCCGGCGCCACAGCUGGGCCCCUCCUCUGACGCCCACACCUCGUACUACAGCGAGUCCAUGGUCCGGGAGUCCUACAUAGGCAGCCCCCGCGCCGCGUCCCUGGCCCGGAGCGCCCUCGACGACCUCCACAGCGACCCCUACUGGAGUGAGGACCUGCGGGUGAGAAGGAGGAGAGGCACAGGUGGCACCGAGAGCAGCAAGGUCAAUGGGCUCGCCGAGAGCAAGGUCUCCGAGGACUUCCUCGGCUCUUCCUCCGGCUACUCCUCCGAGGAUGACUACAUGGGCUACUCGGACACAGACCAGCAGAGUUCGGGUUCGAGGUUAAGGAGUGCCGUCUCACAGGCAGGCUCCUUUUUCUGGAUGGUGGUCACUUCUCCAGGCCGGCUCUUCGGACUUCUCUACUGGUGGUUUGGCACCACCUGGUACCGCCUGACGACGGCUGCCUCCCUCCUUGACGUCUUCGUUUUAACCAGGCGCUUCUCGUCCCUGAAGACAUUCCUCCGGUUCCUGCUGCUGCUGCUGCUUCUAACCUGUCUGACGUACGGUGCCUGGUAUUUCUACCCCUAUGGACUGCAGACAUUGCACCCAGCUGUGGUUUCCUGGUGGGCAGCGAAGGACAGCAGGCGGCAGCACGAGGGCUGGGACUCCAGAGACUCACCGCAUUUCCAGGCUGAGCAGCACAUUCUGUCCCGGGUGCACUCUCUGGAGCGACGUCUGGAAGCUCUUGCUGCUGAAUUUUCCUCCAACUGGCAGAAGGAGACCCUGCGGCUGGAACGCUUGGAGCUGCGGCAGGGGACUGCCAGCCAGGGAGGCAGUGGUGGCCUGAGCCAUGAGGACACCCUGGCACUGCUGGAGGGGCUAGUGAGCCGCCGCGAGGCUGCCCUGAAGGAGGACUUGCGCAGGGACGCGGCUUCCCGCAUGCAGGAAGAACUGGCCACCCUGCGAGCAGAACAUCAGCAAGACGCAGAAGAUCUCUUCAAGAAGAUCGUCCAAGCCUCCCAGGAGUCUGAGGCUCGUAUGCAUCAGCUGAAGUCAGAGUGGCAAAGGAUGACCCAGGAGUCCUUCCGGGAGAGCUCCGUGAAGAAGCUGGGGCGGCUGGAGGACCAGCUGGCGGGCCUGCGGCAGGAGCUGGCAGCCCUGACCCUGAAGCAGAGCUCAGUGGCGGAUGAAGUGGGCCUGCUGCCUCAGCAGAUCCAGGCUGUGCGGGAUGACGUGGAAUCUCAGUUUCCUGCCUGGAUCAGUCAGUUCCUCCUCCGAGGAGGGGGAACCCGCACUGGACUCCUUCAGAGAGAGGAGAUGCAAGCUCAGCUGCAAGAGCUGGAGAGCAAGAUCCUCGCCCACGUUGCACAGAUGCAGGGCAAGUCAGCCAGAGAGGCUGCAGCCUCCCUGGGACUGACGCUGCAAAAGGAAGGCGUGAUCGGGGUGACAGAGGAGCAGGUGCACCGCAUCGUGAAGCAAGCCCUGCAGCGCUACAGCGAGGACCGCAUCGGGAUGGUGGACUAUGCCCUGGAAUCAGGAGGGGCCAGCGUUAUCAGCACCCGAUGCUCCGAGACCUACGAGACCAAGACGGCCCUCCUCAGCCUGUUCGGCAUCCCCCUGUGGUACCACUCCCAGUCACCCCGGGUCAUCCUCCAGCCAGAUGUGCAUCCCGGCAACUGCUGGGCCUUCCAGGGGCCCCAGGGCUUUGCUGUGGUCCGCCUUUCUGCCCGCAUCCGCCCCACGGCUGUCACCUUAGAGCAUGUGCCCAAGGCCUUGUCGCCCAACAGCACCAUCUCCAGCGCCCCCAAGGACUUUGCCAUCUUUGGAUUUGAUGAAGACCUGCAGCAGGAGGGGACACUUCUUGGCAAGUUCACCUACGAUCAGGAUGGCGAGCCCAUUCAGACAUUUCACUUUCAGGCCCCUGAGAUGGCCACGUACCAGGUGGUGGAGCUGCGGAUCCUGACUAACUGGGGCCACCCCGAGUACACCUGCAUCUACCGCUUCAGGGUGCACGGGGAGCCUGCCCACUAGCCCUGCUUUCUCGUGCCUGCCGCCGGCCACCUGGGAGUGGGUGAGCAGCACCCACUGCUUCCCACACACGCUUGAUCAGCACUCUGACUUCCGGGAGCAAGAGCCAGGAGCUCUGGCCACAUGGAGACAAGAAGGCACGGGCAGCUCGAGGUGGCCAGCAGGCUCAGGUGGCUCCUUUCCCUCUUCCUUCUGCUCAGGCAGUGCAGAGUGGCGUCCCCUUCCCCCUGGGAGCGUGUACAUAUGUAGCAUAUCGUGGGGGAUGGGGAGGGGGGAGAUGAGCCCUGACUGCCCUUGCCCAGAGUGGGGGCUGCACGCAGGAGCUGCUGUGGGGAGGUGUGUGGAGGAAGCAGGUGCCAAAGCUGUGGGAGGGGUGAGCCGCCCCCUCCCCUGGCAGGGAAGUGAGACGCUCUGGGAGGAAGGCUCUCAGCACAGGGCAGGAUGGGACUGUCCCCAGGCAGGAAGUGCCUGGUGUAGGGCUUCUAGGCUCUUAUAGCAAGACUAGUGCCAUCAUCCUAGGGAAGCCUGAACCACAGGGUCCCUGAGGAACUUCUAUAGAAGCCUGUUGCUUGUCCCAGGUAGAAAUGGGCCAUGGGGCUUCCUGCACCCUAGAGGGGCCUGGCUCUUGCGAGCCUCUGAAGGCUGCUGCCUGUGUGGCUCUGAGGGCCUGGGCCAGCCCUGCAGGCUUCUCUGCUAAGGGGAGUAGUUGCUUUUUUCUCUCCUGAUGCUGGAGCAAAGGCCUACUCUACUCCCCCUUCCUGCUAGGGCCCACCAGCACCUCAGAGCACGCUUUCCACAUUCUCCCAGGGUGUGGGGAACCCAGACCUGUCUUUGGGGCCGCUGGCAUCUGGGAUUAGCUAGAAGGGAGGAGCAGGGGACUGCCUGGGCUCUCGUGUUGGUCCAGUGACACUGCCAAUGGUGGUGUCCAGGGUGUCAGGAGGGCUGUCUGCACUUGCACACCCCCAGCUGGUCAGGCCCUCAUGUCAGGGCCCUACCCUCAGGCUACCCACUCGGGCUCUUUCAGCUCUUGCUCAGAUCCUGUCUCCUUUCUGGCUUGUUCCCUAAGGGGACAAUUGGUAGGGGAUGGGGGAUGUUCUCUAUGGGGACAACUGGUAGGGGAUGGCUGGCAGAACUUACCCUGGGUAGGGGAGAGGAGGAGGGAAGGGGCUUUUAGACCCAGCAGGCCCUGCUAUGUAUAUAUUUUUCAAGGUCUGUUUUUUAACUGAAAAGCUAAGGGCUUGAUUCCUAGCCCCGUUCUGUGGGGCACUGGGUGACACUCAGUUCCUUGUUCCUGGCUGCGGAGAGGGCUUGGGCCUGUGUGGAACAGGCAGGAGGGCUGCUGUGUGGACAGGUGCCCUUUGUUACAGGGUUGGGCCCUGAAGUGGCUCUGGAGCAGGUGGUAGUGGGCAGUAGCUGUUCCUGUCCCUCUAUUGCUGGCCCCCGCUUGGCCCCAGGCCCACCCUGCAACAGCCAGGUGGUGUUUUGCGCUCUCCUGUCACAAAUGCUGCACUACUGGUUUUUAAGUUUUUUAUCUCCAGAUUCUAAUUUAUGCCUAUGCAAAAAAUAAACAAUGCCCAGGAUCAA